AUGGCUAAGAGAUUUACUAAAACUACUAUAAACUGGGCCGAACUGCAGAAAUUAGUGCCUGCUGAUCAAAAGGGGAAAUUUCUAGCGUUCAAAACUAAGGCUGAUGCUUAUUUGAGAAGAGUAAAUGCAAGUCCACCCGAGCUUCCGCCAAUUGACUGGAAGAAGUACCAAAGUCUAGUACCGGUCGCUGGCAUGGUUGAAAAAUUCCAGAAAGAGUACGAAGCCCUCAAAAUACCCUACCCUGAGGAUACGUUGUCGGCGUCAAUUGAUGAACAGUGGAAAGCGCUUCAGCCAGAAAUCAAGGCGUACUGCGAUGAGAGACAAAAAGAAAUUGAGGCAGCCACCAAGGAGUUGGAAAGAAUCAAAAAGUUGCCCAAAUUCGAGGAUAUGACGAUGGAGAUAUACCGUGACAUGUAUCCGGAUCAAGCCCUAGAUCCAGUAGGAAAACCAACAUUCUGGCCACACGACGCAGAGAGCCAACUUGAUUAUGUACCAGAAAAGAAGCCAAUGAAGAAGUGA